UAAGAAACAGCUCUCGUGCUAUUUCGCUCGGAAAAGCAAAUUUUCUCGUUCUAUGGAAGAUUUUUGGCGCUUUCCAUUCGGAUUAUGGCAGGAGACGAAAAUUUUCCAUCAAUUCUCAAUUUAAACGUUGGUGGUUAUGUUUAUACAACGACUAUGGACACUUUGACGCGCGAUCCAAACUCAAUGUUAGGAGCCAUGUUCAGCGGACGACAACAGGUAGCUAAGGAUACGAGAGGGAACUAUUUUAUUGAUCGAGAUGGAGCACUCUUUCGCCACAUUUUAAACUUUUUACGUACCUCAGAGCUAUGCCUUCCUCAAUCAUUCGACGAAUUCGAUCAACUGAGUGCCGAAGCUGACUUCUAUCAAGUUGGCGAGUUGAUAGAAGCGCUUCAAAUUUACAGGGAAGAUCGCCGGAAGAAUAUGCAACUCAGUGAAGGACAAGGAACUAUUAUCAUUUCAGUGGACAGAUAUCGAAACCAGCUGCUGUUGAGCGGGCGCGAAGAUCUCAUAAAAGAGGUUUUUCAGGGAUAUAUCAAACCAUCGGAACUUGUGUUAACUCUACUCCCCGCACGGGGAUACGUGAGGGAUUAUCGGGUCCCCUGGAGAGCCGGGGGUGCGGAGCUCACCAAAGCCGACGCCUUUGAUUUGCUUUAUGGUCAUGGAUUUGUCUUAGAAGGUUGCAACGGAGGUGGCAGUGAUGGUGAACUGGAAGGAACUCAAUUUCAGGAAUAUAUUUUUGUCCGAAAGAAUAAAUUGUAGCGCCUGCCUAUAGUUAGUUUGGAACUGUAUGUUGAUUAAAGUAAUUUUAUCAGAGAGAAGCUCUCAAUGGAGAUCGAAGGAGGGUGUGAAGAGUAGGAACUUUGGUCCUGCCCCUCCCCCCACAAUGCUUUUAACUUUCUUCUUUUCUCUUCUUCUCUCAUUUUUUCCCUCCACUCUCUUUUUUAUUUACUUUUGAUUUAUUAGUAUGAGCCAUUUGUAAUUGAAGUUUGUGAAGAGUUUUAAUCGAAAUACUUAUGUAGAGUGCUGGGGUUUGUG